AACGUCUCGUCGUCCGACCACGACGAGGUGUUGGUCUCCCAGCGACCUUCGUCGGCCCUCGGAUACACCGGGCGGCGGAGUGACUGGGUCAUCUCGGAAGAAGACCCGCCGCGGUUUGAACGGGGAUCGUCGUCGACUCGGCUGAGCAAUUCGACAUCGAGCCGAAUGUCCGACCUCUGGAACGGUGUUAGCACCCGCUUCAGCGCCUCGGGUCAAAAGAAGUAGGACGCCAACGGCAGAACAUGCUGGUCGGCUGAGCUGGCGAGGAUGACGUGCCCCCCUCUCCACCUUCCCUCCACGACCGAUACCGAGCCCAUGCCUGGAUCCUUAGCAACGCCGAAUCAACCAAGCUGGUGCCCCUGCCAGCCCCAUGUGGCACCGCCGAUGCCCUCCUCCUCCUCCCCUUCAACUCCUCGUCAUUCCCUUCCUCCCCUCUCCCUCCUUGCUCCUCAUUCCUCCCAUCGCCGGCAUCAAUCAAGCAAAGAUUUGGUCGGCUCAACCGACACUCUCCAACCGACAUGGGCAUACGUCAUUGCACCGCGACCGACGCACAUCUCGUGUCUCUGCCCUCCAUCUCAUCGCAGCUUGCCGUGCCGUUGCUCCUCUUUUCCAUCAUCCAACUUUCUUGACAUCAUAUCACCCCCCCCUUUCGCUCGUUCUUCCACUUGGUUUGUUCUGGCUGUUCCAUACUCUCCUGUGUCGGCUUGGUCGUUGUCACCAUGGUCGUGCGGCACUGCUCUAUCGCAUCGCACCCCCAACCACAACUCCUCCGCCACAUUCCACUUUCCAGCGUCUGUGCCUUCAGCUCCCUUCUUGUUUUGCCCGAUAGUACCCCCGGUCAUCAUCCCUCUCUCCCUUUUCCUCAAAAAUAAUCUCAAACAUAACAGCAACAAAAGCAACAAAAAAAAAAAAGCAAAGCAACCAGAGCCUUACUAUCUUGCACCCCGUCCAUUCACCUGCAAUGGCUCUCCCCCCUCCGUCAGUCCAUUAUUCUUCUCCCCCCCCCUUUUUUUUUCUUUCCUGUCCCUUGAGUGUCGUUAGGCCAUGCUUUUCCCUCGAUCCAUUUCCGUCACGCUUUGUGGAAAAGAAUAUAUCCGUCGUCGUUCAAAUAACAUUGGUUCGGUUGUCCCAGG